AUGUUGCGUUUUGUCAUGGAUGAGGAAGGGGUACAAACCAAGACUGUUCACUUUCUAUUCUCUUACGCUGGAUUACGGGGAGCAGUAUGCCCAGAGAUAUGCCACCCGAAAUGGAACGCAUGGAAAAGAGCAACCAAGAAUAGGUCUUCAUCGCUGGAGUACGAUGUUUUGAGAUUGACCAUCGCUGCAAAUUACAGUCAUGGAGCAAAAAUAACUGGAGAACGACGGACGAAUCGACGGCAAUUCUUGGAGACUUUUCUCAAUCGUCAAGAUGAUGCCUACUUUGAAGACCUUGCGGCAGAGGUGCAACUAGAUCGCCAAACCGACUUUUCAGAUCCACACACACCAGUCGUUGGGAAUUUAACAAAUGGUCUCAUAUCAUACCAUAUGAUAUGCCGUGGCCCCCCGUCCCAGGUCGAUGAUGAGGAUGACAACGUUGACAACGAUGGCGACCAGGCGGCGGGCCAGCCUGUCGCACAGGACGAUGACAAUGAUGAUGACGAUGUUGGGCCUGCCGGCAAAUCUGGUCGCAUGAGCAAGUCAGAACUCUACAAGGCAUAUGUUAGCAAAGGUCCUCAUGCUAUGUACUGUGAUAUCAUGUCAGAUCAGAAGUUGCGACCUGCGGCGGAGUUGAUUGUGAGAAUCUCCAACCCACUCCAUUUGAAAUACGCGGAAGACCUGGAAACACAACAGCAAGGUUCAACAGCCAUAUUGGAAUGGAAUGCUUGCAGGGCCUUGGGUGGUUCAAUGCCAACAGUGACGAGGAUUUUGUAUGCUCAGUCCAGUUCUGAAUUAUGUUCUGCUAUGCGGAUUUCCUCGCGCUGCCGGCCGCCGUUACCCUAUGAUGCUGUGAACUUGGAAGAUGACAUCACGCUUGUCCAAAAAGCAUCAGACUUUGCAGUGAACUUGGCUGCCAACUUUGCCUGGAGUGAACAGUUUCCUCAAUUGACGUUGCCACUAGCUGCAGCUUCACUUUUGUCUCAAGAUCCAGUUCGAAGAAAAAUUGGCAUGAAACACCUCAAAAGGCUAGUCACCGCGAUCACACGAGCAGAGAUGCAGGUGAAGAAGCAGCCAGAACUUGAACAAGUCCUGAAAACACUGGCAUUUCAGGAGGAGACACUUGCCCGUGAGGUCAUGACGCAUCUUUCACGCGGGCAGUUCAAGCUAGAUUCCAGUGGAACACGGGAUUGCAUACAGGUUAUGACGGAACUGUGUUCUGGAACAUCAUCCACAAAGGAGCUGUUGGAAAGCACUUUUGCUCACUUGUCGUACAUUGUCUCUGGUGCGAACAAGAACAAAGUCACCGCACCUGCGGCAUUGUGGAUCUAUGCAUCUGCCAGCCCCUACGUUGCCAAAAGUGGAAUGCACCAAAGCUUGCCAACAGAGGCUGAAUGGGUUCGUGCUACGUCUGAUUUUGGGAAAAGCAAGCAAGAGAUGUAUCAGCUCUUCAGUGGUGCUUUCAAGUCAGCUAAGACAGACCUUCCUUCUGCUCCAGAUGUUCACCUUCCACGAACGAGCAAGGGACUAGUGAAAACUGAAUGGAGGCUGUCUGGACCAGCUAGCCACUACAAAAGUAGUGCAGCAGCAGCCUACUUGCUCUUCGAUGCUCCCAACUUUGCCAAUGCGUCAUUUGCUUGGGCAGGUGUUUUCCUGCAGCGGGGCUGCUUCUUCUAUGACACGGUGGGAGACCAGUUCUUCCUCAGCUUAGGCUUCCAACAGUGGGCAGCACUGGGUGUGGAAAUGAAUGCGAUGAACAUUGCUGGGAAGGAGUAUCUCACGUUCAACACCGAGAAUGAGGAUGUUCACUUUUUGCACAACUUCUCCUUUGAUGAGACCUGCAAAUGGAGGUAUGUCUCACAUCGGAUCCUCCCUCCGGCCUGCUUGCCAGAUGCGCUCCCAGUUGGUGGCACUGCUUUUGAGGUCCUGGAUCGAGAUCAGUGGAUUGCGCGGGGAGCACUUCAAUCUGGGCUGAACCUCACUAUCGAACGAUUAAGGAAUGUGUGCACUGCCGGCGGUCGUAUCAAGAAAAUUGACAUAGUGCGGGCCUUGGUGAACCACUUGUGGCCAGAUGAGUCUGAAGACUUUGUCAAAGACAUCGUGCGCAAAAUGAUGGGUGAAUCCAAGGGUGACUUUGACAUUUCUGUUCUUGCCAUGGUGUCUGGGCUGGACACAGAAGAUCAAGAAUCUUUCGAACGAAUGAAGCAGGAUGCCAUGAAACAACUGGAAAAGAAGCUUUAUGGUCAGGGUGUUGAAGCAGGGCUGCAACAAGCCAAGAAACAAGGCAUCAGUGAGCAGAAAGCAGCAAGUGAUAUGAAGGAGAAGGCCGACGCCACAGCUGCAAAACUGACUGCAGAGAAGGAGGAAACCGACAAAAGCGCUGCAAUGAAGCAGUGGAAUCUCACCCCGCCUGAGCUGCGGCAGCUUCUUCCCGGCAAUGGCUCCAUCAGCGGCCAAUUUUGGAUGCGGUACCAUCCAGUGAACCAUUGGCG